AAUAAGCCUGUGAGCUACUUUCCUGUCUGCCAAUAAAUCCAACGAAGAAGAAGGAAAGCCUGCCUGCUGGCUGGUACCGCUGAUGCUGAUAACUGGAGGAAACAAAAGACUGAACAUGGCAACGCCGGUGACUGUGCUCCGCCUGCCAAAGGGACCCGACCCCAACAGCCGCGGAUUUGACCCCAAAUCACCUCGUUUCAUCGCUCUCUGUCGAACCUCCAUUCCCACUUCUGCUGCGUCCGACGCAGAUCCUGAGCAGCUGCCCAGGGAGCAGCAUGCCCGAUCCGUGCUGAGAGAAAGUUUCCUCCGAUGUCUCCUGACCAUGGCCAAUAAGAAGAUUCAGUUUCACAUGUAUGAGAGGGUGAAAGGUGGAGGCCACUUUAGAGCAUCUGACAUUGACGUGUUGAACUUUCAGGUGUCGGACCUGCACACUCCCAUCGGGGUGCAGAAAGAGGCACUGAUCAGGUGUCAGGAUGUGAUUUCAUUCACUUUUGAUGCAUGAACACUUGAAGCUUUUGUUUCCUGCUAAACAGAAUAUGCCAUUUGGGAUGAGAGGCACUUGGAAGUCUCUCUUAUUGUUGAUGCAAAUGAGCUCUGUUUUCACAACUGUGAGAUAGUUUAUACAAUUUGUUAUAUAUUUUUUUUUUAGGUGUGGUUGUACAUUGUGUUUUUCUGUCUGUAUCAUAAAUCAUACUGUUCUGUGAGAUUGCUUUCAAAAGUCAGACGCUGACUAGCAGUCCCACUUUUGAGCACAGAGGGAGUCCGAUGCCCGUGUUUCAAGAGGUUGUGAAGGAGACGUUUUUGAGAGAUGCUUUCUGUAGAUCGUCAACACUGCUGUCUUGCUUUUUUGAGAUGCAGAAAGAGGUUAUUACUGGAGAUGUGCUCGAGUUGACGUGUUUUGUUGUUCGUCAUAUCAUUCUUUAACUGAGGCAAAUGAAACAUUGCACUUAACAUUUCUUUUGAAUGUAACACUUUUCUAUUUUAAAUGUCUAUUUUGUUUGGAAAAAAUAAUCAAGACACCUGCAAAGAUUCAUGUCUGAUAAAGAUUGAUGUUGCUCCAGAAAAUAAUUUGAUACUGUAACCCCAGACCACCACUUCCAUCAAAACAAUAUCGUAUUUCAUAAUCACUUUAAAAACAGAAGGUUUCAUGCCAAGUAAGUUUUCCAGUUGUCCUCGGUGCACUGCUUGGAGAUAGUUGUCCAUAACUCUAACAGGGUGGUCCAGUUGAUCUCUUUGUCAACAGUAUCACCAGUGUCCACAUUUAUAACUGCAAUCGAUCAGUCGAUUAACGGAAAAUGAAUCCGCAACUAUUUUGAUAAUCAAUUAAUUGUAUCACUUUCCAAGCAAAUAUUGUACAUUGUUGUAAAUUGAUUGAUUUUUGAUGACACUUUGGGCCCCAGGAAAUUGUUGUGGCAAUUUGUCACUGUUCUUGUUGUUCAUCGAAAUAAACAAUCUGUAGA